AUGCAUUACCCCACAGGUUUCUACGAGGAAGAACUUGAUGUCCAGUUGGUACUAUUCGAUCAGAUGCUGGAUCAUGUACUGCGUAUAGACCGAAUUUACCGUCAACCACAGGGCCAUCUGCUUCUUAUCGGUACCGCUGGUGCGGGAAAGACCACCUUAUCGAGAUUUGUUGCAUGGUUGAAUGGAUUGAGUGUGUUCCAGUUGAAAGUCCACUCCAAGUACACUGCCGCUGAUUUCGAUGAGGAUAUGCGUACAGUGCUGAGAAGAGCUGGCUGUCGUAAUGAGAAAAUGUGCUUUAUCAUGGAUGAGUCUAAUAUGCUGGAUACCGGAUUCUUAGAAAGGCUUAACACUUUGCUGGCUAAUGGAGAGGUCCCUGGUUUAUUCGAAGGUGAUGAGCAUACUACACUGAUGACUCAGAUCAAAGAAGGUGCUCAGAGGCAGGGACUGAUGCUGGAUAGCCACGAUGAACUGUAUAAAUGGUUCACUCUGCAGGUUAUGAGGAAUCUUCAUGUUGUAUUUACAAUGAACCCUUCUGGAAGUGGCUUGAGAGAACGGGCAUCAACCUCUCCUGCUCUGUUCAACCGUUGUGUGCUGAACUGGUUUGGCGACUGGGCAGAUACUUCAUUGUAUCAGGUUGGAUCUGAGCUUACGAAUACGCUCGAUAUGGAUCGCACUGACUAUGAGCCACCAUUCUCACUACCAGUCGUCUGUGACCUCAUUCCAACUCCACCAACCUAUCGUCACGCUGUCAUAAAUACACUUGUGCAUGUGCAUAAAUCAGUGCAGAAGCUAAACGAACAAGAGCAGAAGCGUGGCCAUAGAGUGAUGCUUGUGACGCCAAGACACUUCCUUGAUCUAAUCAAGCACUUCAUGGGCUUGUUCCAUGAAAAACGACGUGAUCUUGAAGAGGAGAAGGUA